UGUUGCACUUCUUCCCUCCUCAUCCCAUCAUCAUCCAGGGCAUCCAAAUAUGUCUCUAUCUGCUGGAAGGACGCUUCGAGUCAGGCCGGAAAAUCUGCUCCGCAUAGAUCCCUCUUCUUCUUCUUCAGCAACCACUCGUCCUGCUCUUCUUCAACGUCAUGCCCUCAAUGCUCCGCUUGCCAGGACUCUUUCGACCUCGGCAGAUGCUCCUCGUCGGCCACGAUCUGGUCUCGCAACUGCCCUCGUCAUCGGCAUCGUAGGCGCCGGCGCCUAUAUCGCCGGGUCCAUCUAUCCUCCCACGAUAGUCACAAUGGUUCACCCCCGCGAGGCUCCCGCAGCUCCCGGCUCAGACACAGAGGAAGGUCGUGCACAUACAGCCAACAUAGAAGAGCAGCUCAUGGCCCUGUCCCAGGUCCAAGCCCUCAUGGCCUCGAAUAGUCCGAUAGAGGUGGAAACCCGCUCUCCUCCUAAUGGUACCUCAAGUUCAGCAGAUGGCUCGAAUCCCAGUACACAAGUUCCGUCCCUUGAGACCACACCCACGCACCACCCGCACUUCAUUGCCUCGCGACCUUACAGGAAUUACCCUCCCUCCAAGCUCCUCCACUCACUCACAGCCGGCACCCUCCGCGGACCUGGGCGCUUUGCUGUUGCUCCCCUAGUGCUAGCCAAGACAACCACGGGCGCACAAGCAUUGGGCGGUAAUGAAGGGGACUGUCAUGUCUUUGUUCACUUGGGUCGCUCGCUCUGCGGGCACGAUGGGAUUGUUCAUGGGGGGCUACUGGCCACUCUCUGCGACGAGGCGUUGGCACGUACGGCCUUCGUCAGCCUGCCCGCGCACGUAGGCGUCACAGCUAGGCUAGAGGUGGACUAUAAAGCUCCCACGAUGGCGGACCAAUUUGUGGUGCUCAAGACCGAGCUCGUCGAAGCGGAAGGCAGGAAAGCAGUCGUCAAGGGAACACUGAUGGAUAUGGGAGGCAAGACGCUCGUGAAGGCGAGGGCAAUCUUUGUUCAGCCCAAGUUUGCGCAUCUGCUGGAUACGAGCUUGGUCAAGAGCGCGAUGGAUGCGGAUGUUGGGGCUGAGAAAGCCAAGAGAGCGUAGGAAGGUGUCGUCGGACGAAGGCAAAUGGGGUUGGAGCAGCCGCCGCCUCGCUAGACUAUCGUAAUAGACUGCACGUAAUAUGCUUGGUGACUCUGCUCUCGCGCUGAGCUUGAGCCUCGAUCGUAUCAUGCUGCCCCUUCUGAGCGAGCGCUUGGCUCCUG